GCUUAUAUACUCUAUGGUUUCAGGGCUACUGAUAGCUGAUAGCUAGCUGUCAAAUUCAUAAAAAAUAAAAAGGAUUGGUGCUUUAUACACGAUGACUCUGAUCGAGGGUGUGGGGGAUGAGGUGGUGCAGUUUGUGAUAUCGGUGCUGCUAAUUAUAGUGGGUAUCCUAGCAUGGUGGUCCACCAAUGCUCGGCCGAACCGUUACCGGCCCGUUAUGAUGAUGAGAACUCGUACCGACCAACCAAUUAUAGGUGCCAUCAACUUAAGAUCAAGAACAAAUUACUCACGAGCUAGCAGAACUACAAGGACUGUUUCAUCAAGUGCUCGGAGCUCGUUGGUUGAGUCCCGCAGGGGCUUCUCCAGAGUUAUACCUCUGUUGGAAAUGGAUAGCAUCAUAGAUGCGGACAUGGCAGUGCUCGAUAAUAACCGCUUGCAUUUCUAUAGGAGUAUUGAAACGACUUCUAACAAUACACAAAGGCCUAUAGAGACUACGGAACAAGAAACGGAGACUCAGGAAGAGUCUGAGCCGGCUAGCAAUGCUCAGAUAGCAGAAAUGGAUAGCAUUAUUAGUGCAAUGGAGGCAGAAGGAACCACAGAUAUUGACUUUUGUAAUCAAUGUGGUGGUAGUAAUAGUACAAAUACUGCUGAGAAAAAUGAAGCAGAUAAUUCAUCAAGUAGUUCAAAUACGAAUGUAUCAUUGCCGCAGGAUGAAAAUGUAACUGCAGUGAAUGAUGCUGCAGAAAAUGUAACUGCAACAGAUACAAGUGAAAUAGUUACUGCAGAAAAUGAAACUAGUGAAAAUGCAACUGCAGUGAAUGAAGGCAGCGAAAAUGCUACUGCAGAUAAUAUAAUUGCUGAAAGGGAUAGAAGAAAAAUACUUAUUAAAUUAAAGUUUUUGAAUGAUACGUUAAAAGAGGUCGAAGGAAACCUCGAUGAACUUUUGAAGGAUUUUAAAUGGCGUCACUUCUCGGCGGAGCUCUCCGCAGAGUGUCGAGUGCGGUUGAUCUUUAACGGGCGCGUGUUGCUGGAGGAGACAGCCACGCUGGAAGCAUGCGGACUGCACCACAGAGCCGUCGUACACUGUCUCGUUCACCCCAAGAGGAAUACGCAGCAACGUGCAGCGGGGGAGGAGGGCAGCGGUGCUGUGCCGGAGCUGGGGGCGCGGCCGGCGCAGGCGCAGGCGCAUGCGCAGGCGGAGCGCGCCUGGGACAUGGAGAACAUACUCAUGACCAUCGUCUCCAUCGCUCUCACUGUCGUAUGGUUCUUCAGAUGUGAGUAUUCGAACAUGUUCACUGCGAGCGCGAGCGUGGCUCUGUUCGGUCUGACCGUGUUCUACAGCGUGGCGAUAUUCGGUCUCUAUCUCUCUGACACCUUCCACGUGGACCGGCGCAACUCGGACGCCCCCCUACCUCCCAACUAAACACACUACAACAGACCAUUUGUACCCCAUUCUAGCUAAAACUGUGUUUCUCUCUGUACAGUCCAGUUUUUCCACUCAUUUCGGUGAAUUGACGGUCACAAUACAAUUAUAGACCGACAAGGCUAUCUGAACCGGUGGGCAUAGGUCAAAUUAAGUCAGCUCAGUAGCGCCCCUCUGUCAACGUCAAAAAAUGUUAUAAGAUCCUCUUUGCACUAUAGCUGUCAUGUAAUUGUUUCAAAAGAAUCAACCGCGAUAAAAGCGCCUCUCACCGGUCCAUAUACCCUUGUUUCACUAUAGGUCGAAAACUUGUCACAGCCACUUACAUAUAGGCUAAAGUUCUUUGGUGACAGUUUUCUGUACAAUUUUCGGUCAAACGUGGGAAGCGAAUUUAAUUCUUUGACUAUACAGAUUAAGCGCUUAAUAUUGUAUCAGCUUGUAACAGUGACCUAAAUAACUGGGAGGAUGUGUCUCGGUAAUUUUGUAUUUCAAACAUUCAUCGACGAUAAAAAAAAUCCGUCUAAGUUAUUCUUAGACGAAUUUUUACUAAAUAAACACUCGAAAAAUGCUUAAAUUUUGAUGUAAAUGAAGCGAGAUUUAACUCGUACUAGUGUUUAUAAAAGACAUGCACUUACAAUAAUCUGUAAUUACCAAAUACACUUUGUCAUUUAUAAACGCUUGAACGUAAAACGGAACAUGGUUUAUGUCAAAAUUAUUUCGG